AUGCCGACGACGACGCGCGCGGCGUUCGGCGACGACGUCGACGCGUGCGCGCGCGCGACGAGCGAUGGGGUCGACGUGGUGUGCUACAGGCGCCGCCGCUCGACGCGCGCGCCGCCGCUCGCGCGCGUGCGCGCGCGAGGGACGGGCGCGCGCGAGAGAGAGAGAGAGGCGUUCGACGCGCUGCGCGCGACGAUGGGGACGCCGCGCGCGUGGACGGCGAACGCCGAGGGGUGCGCGAUGACGCCGCGCGCGGGCGAGCGCGCGGAGGCGCGCGCGGCGCUGGAGACGUUCAUCCACGAGAGGAUCUUUCGAGCGCUCUUCGGGACGACGACGGCGGCGACGGCGGCGGGCGACGCGGGGGUGUUCGCGCCGCAUCGAGGGACGAACGUGAUGUGGCACAGGGAUGGGUACAUGGCGGGGGCGUACGUCGCGCACGCGAUUUUGGCGGCGGAGGAGGAGGAGGAAGAGGCGAGCGGAGGGAAAUGGUUCGAGCACGCGCUCGUGGACGCCGACGAGGACGAGGAAUCGACGACGGAGACUUUCGAGGUUGAUUUUGAGAAUCAAGGGAUAUUGUCAAAAUCGGUGCGAAAGGGGAAUUUCGUGCCGAUCGACGCGCGCGGUGGUGUUUUGUGUGUUUUCGAGGACGCCGCUGUGCUGCACCGGUCGCCGAAGUCGGCGGGAAAGGCGUUGGACGCGAUGACGCGAACGAUAGCGAGGUUCAACUUCAGCGCGGUGGAUGGCAGCGGGCGUACGGUGCGCAUCUUCGCGCCCGACGAUGCGUCUUGGACACCGUUCGACGAUAGAGGUGCCGUCCGAGGUCUCACCGCGAUGGAUGGUUUCGACGCGUACGUUCGCGAUUCGUGA